UUCACUAACACUGCCACAACUCAAGGUUGUUGGUUUGCAGUUGUUCAAAUGGAUAAAAAGUUGGUUGAUAAUUAUGUUAAGCAUGCUACUACACAUAAUCGAGUCUUGGAAGAAGAACAAUGUUGGAGAGAAAUAAAACGCCGUCAUAAAAGAUCAAAUGAAUCUCGUGAUCGAUCACCUGAAUCAAACUGUGCUCAAUCAGAACAAGCACUAGAUGCUUAUGAGCGUGCACUUCGUUCAGAAGCUAAACGCAGUGUAGAAUUACUUUCUGCUCGUACAUUACCAAGCGCUGCUGGUGGACAAAAUGCUAAAGAGUUUUGGCGAACACUUGCUCGUCGACACUGUGACACUGGUCGUUGGGGUCAUGAUGGUUGGGAUGAAUUACAAAAUGAAGGUCCUAUCCCAUUUAAACGUUCUGAAAGUAUCGAUGAUGUAAAAUCAAAAUCAGUCACAUCAAGUAUAACACCUAAACUACCAUAUCAACAUACUGUUGACAAAUUAAAAGAACAAGAAGCAUUGACAAAAUCAAAAAAGAAAACUAAACAUAAAUUAUCCGAAUCAAAAUCGAAGAAAAAACAUGCUAAAAAACGUAAAACUAAAUUGAAAAAAGUUAAAAAGCAUAAGAAAACUGACAAGAAAAAGAAACAUAAGAAAAAAACCAAAGUGUCUAAACGACGAUCACCUACUCCGUCGUCGUCGUCCUCCUCCUCUUCUUCAUCUUCUUGUUCAACAUCCUCUUCUUCAUCUUCAUGUUCGUCACCACCUCCGUCACCAGCUCCUUCAUCGUCCAGUUCUUCAUCAUCUUCCUCCCAUUCAGCAAGUUCCAUUGGAACAGAUGAUGAAAUAGAAUGGCAAGAAUUAAAAGUGAAAUAAUAAUGAUUGUAAUAAAGAAAAUGUAAUACUUUUUUUUCUUUUUAUUACAAUGCAUUUUGUAAAUUAACUGAUAGGAAUCAAUUAUCUAACUUGAAUCUGCAGAAUUUCUUCAAUAUCCUUUCCCAUUUCUUGAUAUUUUGUCAUUGUGUUUUAUCCUUUCUCUUCUCUUUCUUAUUCAUAACCGAUGAUGUAAUGUAAAAAAAUAAAUCACAUAGUUUCCAACUAGAGAUGGGCUGAGGUUACGAUUCCAUCGUACCUAGUUCGGUUUGAAUAGCUAUGUAAGUAACUUUAUGCCUUACAUGAACAAUAUAACUCUAAGCUGAAUAUAUAUAUGAGGCUGUACUGUAUGUAGGUCCUUAAUUCUUAAUAAUUAUGGUUUCUGUUUGGUUGAUGGAAUGAAAUUUCCCCUCUUCCUAUUUGUGUAUUUUGUUAUACUUCUGUUUGUAUGUUGAAUAGGGUAUAUUUCUUAAGAAAAAGAAUGUGCUCUUUCUACUGUUCUUAUUUUAUAUAGAAUGUUAUUAUAAUAAAAUGGUGUAUAUAAUAAUGGUUAAUGUUUUAUUGAUAAAUUAUAUACUUGAAUGGUUGAGAUCAUAAGUCAAUUGAAGUUAGAUCACUAUGGAAAACCUGGAAGCACUGAACGUCCGUUUCGUCCUAUUGUGUGACUUCUCAGCAGUUAGCAUCCAUGUUCCCGCCCCAUGAGAUUCGAACCUAGGACCUAUAGAUCUCUCGUGAUAACGCUUAACCUCUAGAUCACUAAGCCGGUAUCUAACGGUGUUAAUGUCUAACUUCAACCAGUACUUCUAGGUUUUCCAUGGUGAUCUAGAUUCAAUUGACACAUGUUCCCAACUAUUGAAAUUACUAUAGUAUUCACAAAAAC